CGGAAAGAGGCGGAGCGUCGUUACCAGGCGCCGCCUUCUGCUUCCUUCCAGAAGUCGCGCGGCGCCUGAGCAGAAGCGAGCGCGGGCUCAGCCUGAGAUGGCUGAUUCUGACCCUGGGGAAAGAAACUAUGACAACAUGCUGAGAAUGCUGUCAGACCUGAAUAAGGACUUGGAAAAGCUAUUGGAAGAGAUGGAAAAAAUCUCAGUGCAGGCAACUUGGAUGGCCUACGACAUGGUCGUCAUGCGCACCGACCCUGUACUGACAGAGUUCAUACGCCGGCUGGAGGACGCCUUCCUCAACUGCAAGGAGGAGAUGGAAAAGAACUGGCAGGAUCUGCUCAGCGAGACCAAGCACAAGCAGUAGGCCCCAUCGCCCACCUGCAGCCACCACCCACACUGCCUGUGUGCAGAAGCACAGGAACAAGUCAGUUACCCAGAUGUAUAGACAGUCUUGUUUCUCAGUAAACUUAUUUUGAAGCA